UAUUGUAAUCUCGCGAGAUGUUCUUCCUAGAGACAAGAAUGUUUACACUGGAUACAGGAACAGGCUCUGCAUUAAAAACUCAGGUGUUUUGGGGAAUUUCAGUUGCAUGGUAUUCCCCCCGUUUCCCGAGUCCGAGACUGGCCAGGUGAAUGGCUCAUCAACCAGACGAUGGGAACAGCGACUUCAUGGAGAGUUAUGAACCCGAACCGCCUGCGUGGUUUCUGCUGAAGGAGCAUAUCCCAGAGUCUGAACUCCCGGAGAUCAGGGGAAUCCUUGGGGGCGCAUUGAUUGACCUGUGCACGGACACGUACUCCGAGGUGGAGAUGUGGGUGCAGAUCUGGAAGGACGUGCGCCGCAAACGGGGCGGCCGGGCCGAGCCCCCCCGCCCCCUCCUGGCCGACUCCCCCGUCGUCAAGGAGCUGCUGAAGGCGGAGGUUCGGCUGCUGCUGCUCUCCCUGAAGGAGAAGGCGGCCAGAGAGGGAAGGGACGAGGAAGCGACCCUGUCCUGCUACAGCCCCAGUGUGGUGAGCUACGUGAUGAGCAGCAGCGGUCAGCGCAGCCGGACGCAGAGCGCAGGCAGCCAUCUGGCCCCACAGGAAGCUCCCAGCAGGCCGCAGUCUGCCAAGAGCCUACAGGAAGUGAGGUCCGGCUCCAGGCUCUCGGCCAGCUCCGGCGGCGAGGACCGCGUGGACGCCGUCAAGCACAAGCUGAACGUGCGGGACGUCCACGAGGUGGUGGCCCACCUGAAGUCUGUCCUGACGGAAGAUGUCGAAUCUAUGAAGAGGGAAAUUCAGUUUCUGCAGGAGUGUGUGGAGCAGAAGCACCAGAGCCAAUGCGACAGCCUCGCCCAGGAGCCCACUGUAUCAGAGCUGAAGGAGGAGAGGAAGCUGAUCCAGAAGGACCUGAAGCUGGGGGAGGCCGCGCCCUGUCCUCGACUCGCACGCGUGACGUCUGCAGGUCGCGGACUUCUUCAGGGGUGCAGGCCUGUAGGACAGAGGUGUGGCUCUGCAGCCGGCGCUGCUGUGCGGUCGCCCCCACCCGUCUUUUCUAAAGACAAACCUCCGCUGGCCAGACCGCCCCGGCUUCCAGCCGAGCCGUCUCUCCCUCCGGCGUCAACGGCGCGCCCGCCCGCCCGCAUCCUCGACCGCUCGCGCCGCACCCCGGAGUCCCCCUGUCACCGUGGCAACGAGGUGCCGCGGAGGCGCGGCGAGGCCGGCGCGCCAGGGUCCGCGCCAGAGCUGCUUCCCGCUAACCCGGCCUCCCCUACAGCGCCCGAUACCGGAGACACCCGGCCUGCGGCCGACUCCCACGCCCGGGAAGAGCGCGCGCGGACUUCCAGCCCCGGCCUGUCCGGAUACAGCCCCUCCUGCAGCCCCUUUCCCGCCAGCGUUGCACAACCCCGCCCCCCCGCGCAGAGACAGACCCGCGAUGAGGACACGGCCCCCGCAUCGCCCGUCAGCGUGCUAAAACCAGCUCCGCCCGCAGUGCAGAAACCAGCCACCAGAGGGCAGAAUGUCGCCAGGCGGCUACGCCUGCCGCAAGGUGGCCUGGUCAGCCCCACCUGAGCACAGACAGUGGUGAUGGGGGAGAGACUUCACGGAACACCAGAGGGGAGGAGCUGACGUGGUAGCGCUGACUUUCUGACCAAUCAAAAAAGCAUUACCCUGCGACACGCACACCAGCUGACUGAAAGCAGAGAGACACUAAUAGACUGAUCUAGCCUCGUUCUCCUACCAUCACGGGCUUCCUGUAUUCAAUUUCACUCUAUCCCUUCAAGCUGUACGCCUUGUGUUUUUCCUCUUUACUGUAGGCUUAAUUAGCUCUUGUGGUAACGCUGGCUUCCCAGAACACAGACAAGGGGUGCAGGGUUUUGUAAUUCGGCAUGAAGAGGAGGCUGUACAGGAAAAGCUCAUAUGUCACAUGAUGACAAGAUUGACAGCUGUGCUGUAUGUGAGUUUACAUUGUAAAAAUAGUGAAAAGUGUUGAUUUCCAUGUCAUUGUAGAUUGGGAGUCAAAAUCUAGAGCAAAGAAAUCAAAACAAGUAUCGUAAAGGUUGUACUUUUAAGUAUUUUUAAUCAGUUACACUGCUGAAAAACACAUUAAAAGGAACAUGUUAAAAAGUAUUUGAAGUCUUAAAAAUCCAUUAAAAUCAUCUCUGCUUUCUGUUUCCUUAGUAAUUUGGAAAACUUUUGUGACAUAUUUCUUUUAAUUUGGGCAAUUAACUUACAGUUCAGAUGAGGGAGGAAUUGCUACCUUUCCAUUAGCAUAAGCGGCAAAUUUUCAAAACGUCAAAUUGAUCUUCAAUCCUAAAUGUGGGCACUCUACACGUCCAUAGUGAUUUAGCGUUUAAUGACUUUCAGGCAGCUUCUGUAAUAUUUCUUCAUGUUUUCAAUGCUGUCAUGUGCCAUGGAUUUCAAACUGGUUUCUGAGGGCAGUAUAUUUACAUUUCUUUAUAUAGGUCUCACAAUGUCUUAGUACCAGGUCAGUUAUCAAUGUGGGCUUUGGCCUAUAUUGCAGGACACUCCUUUUCACUUCGGUGCUAUGCCAUUCUCCUUGUUUUUUUUUGCCGAAAUGAUUCACAUAUUGCUGUCACUUUUAAACCAAAUUGAAGUGUUUAGAUGGACUAUAUUACGCGAGACUACAGUCUUAUGUCAAGAAAGUAAAAAAAAAAAAAAAAAAGAAGCUAUGUAAUGUUUCAUUAAACUGGAUGCAGUGUCAUGUUUAUCCAACAACCAUGAAAUAAAUGAAUGGAAAUGUGUUUCAAGACA